CUUUGCAAUUCACUUUGGAAAAUAGCGCGAGCUAAAUAUUUCCAUAACCCUGUCCCGAUGACAAUGCACCUGCCGUAGACAACAUCACCUCAGCGGCAUACUGAAGUUGAGGCUUUGAGAGGGAUGGAUGUCACCAGCGAUGUCACCAGCAAAAGUAAUCACCAUGCCACCAAAACAGAUCUGACUCUGUUGCUGGAAUGUCUGAAGUAUCAGAUGGAUUGCCCAGAUUCACAGAAACAAGCUCUGCUCACUAUCUACUCAAUCUGUCAACAGAGAGAGGAGAAUGUGGACCUCUUCAGAAACAUGGGAGGAGUGGUGUUUGUGUACAACCUCUCCAAGUCCAGCGCUCACUGUGAGGUCAAGGAGACAGCACUCUUUACUCUGGGGAUGCUAGCAGAGAAUAAUGUGUACUGUAAACAAGCUCUGUGCAGAAAAGAGACUUUCUCAGACCUGGCUGACUGCCUGACACAGGACUGUCCCCUCACGCUGAAGAGAGUGGCUGUUUAUCUGCUCUCUGUACUGGUUGCCAACAACAGGUCAGGACAGACUUUCGCUCAGUCCAGCGGCUGCCUGGACAUUCUGCUGGACCUUUUCAGGACCCGUUUCCCUCUCUCCAGCGAGGCUUCAGCGAAGCCUGCCAACAUCCCUCAGCUCCACCAGCUGUGGAAGUCUGUGUCCAGCGCCCUCUGUGGCUGUGUCAACAACCCCCAGAACGAGGAGAGUCAGAUGAUCUGUGUAUCAGCAUUCCCUCAGAUCAGAGUCUGGCUGCAGCAGAUGGCUCUCCCCCGCACUGAGUUGGUACAGCCCAUCUGCUUUUUCAUAACCAUGACUGUCUCUAACAACAAUUUGGCUCAGGAGAGUUUUUCAUCAAUGGGCGGUCUGGAAACUCUGACUCUCACACUGAUUCGAGUAUCCUCUAAUGCAACCCAAACCCCACUUGCCUGUGAGCUGUCCUGUAUAAUGGCCAAGACCCUGUCAGCCUGUAUAAGUGACAACCCCGCCCUGGCUUCCGGCUUAGCUCGGCACCGUGUGGUGGAACAGCUCCUCCCCCUGUUGACCAGCCCCAACGUGGACCCCAGAGAGCAGCUGUCUGUCAUCCUCGCCCUGGGACACUGCACUGAAGCCUGUGAGGAGCACCAGUCUCAGCUGGUGCAGUGUGGGGGGCUGUCUGUCAUCAUCUCCGUGCUCACCGACGCUCACAACGAGGAAGUGAGGAAAGCUGCCACCUUCCUGCUGCACACCUGCAAACAAGCCACAGUUUCCGUCAGAGGCCCUGCCCUGGGGCGAGCUCAUGGCCAGGCUAGGCAGGGCCAGGCUGGGCAAGUGAACACCCCUGAGGACCUGGAGGCCUGCUGGAGGUCAGCCACAGAGAUGCUGCACAAAAUCAAGCAGUUCGAGAGGGAGCAGGCCAAGAGGAGGUAUGAGGAAGAGAGGGAGACCCCGGACCAGCAGACCCUCGAAAAAUGGUUGGCGGAGGCUAUACCUUCACCCCUCUCCCCUCCCUUAAUGUCCCACCCUGCCCCCGUGCCUCAGUGGGUGGGGAGAGCCCAAGGGGGGGAGCCAGGAAGGGGAAAGAGGAACCACGGAGAGAGGGAACGGGGGAGGCCUGGCGAGCGGACUCCCGUCCCGACCGCUGGCGAGCAGAGCGACAGGGAAGGAGGAGGGAGAGAGAGAGGAGGGAGAGAGAGAGGAGGGAGAGAGAGAGGAGGGAGGAGGUUUGAGGAGAGGAGGGAGGACAUGACUCCCUGUAGGCCCAUGACGGAGAGGAGAGGAAGGCCGGAUCUAAAAGAAGACCAGCGAGAGGGGAGACAACAUCGUGGAGACACAGAACCCAACUCUGGGAAGCGGGUCAGGAGGCAGAUUUUCCAAGCCGGGGUGCAACCACAUGAAGCCCUCAGCAAGGAGCGAGGGAGGCCACCUACACACUCACACUCGAGCCAAAGGAGAGGAAACGACUCUGGGCUCUCAGUCACAUCCGCUCAGACAGAGGCUCAGACAGAGGCCGGGGCACGGGCGGAGAGGCCCACGGAGCGAGACACACAGAGCAGCACACAGAGCGGGAGGGAGAGGGGCCGAGGCUGGGAGAGGGAGAGGCUGAGUUCGUACCUCAAACCCUCAGCGUCUCACGUGCGCACGCACACCCUGGCGGAGCAUUAUGGGAUGGCUGAGCCGACGCGUACACAUGCCACGUCAGCCCCCACUGCCCACGCCGCAGCUGGUAACCUAGGGCAACCUCCUGUGGACAGGGACGAGCGCUGCUCCGUCUGCAGGGGGACGGGAACAGCCGUCACCCCCAGCUCCCCGCCACUGGAGGGAGCCAGAAAAACAGACAUCGACAGCCUGGUGUUCAAGCUGCCACUCCCCGCUAAGCCCAGGGCACCUCCUCGCCCCAAGAACUGGAUCGACGACGAAGAUGUUCUGUCCUUGUGUUCAGAGCUGCUGGACAGUGAGAUCAAUAAGAUCCUGGAGACCCCAGAGCCCGCACACAAGCCCUCAACACAUCGCUGCUCAGGCUGCGUGCUGAGGUUCUCUGAGGUGAGCAGUAGGACGUUCCCUGGCCUCCAGCGCUCCUGUCACCACAUCUGUGACCUGCAUGCAGCCCUGCUGGAGGCUAGCGACAGGCACCGACAGCACCUCCCCCACGGCCUUCCCAAGGCAGGCAGGCAGGAACACGCACCCACACCCACUGCAUCACCAAGACGGAGAGACACACUCCGCUACUGGGAACACUGCACAGACAUCCGCCUGACCCCCAUCCGGAUAGGAGGCCUGCAGAGGAGCCAGUCCACCCAGGGAGGAGAGCACAGGGCUGGACGCUACAGCCACGUCAGUCUCACUCCGUUGAAGAAGCCUGUUCCCUCUGAUGACAAAGUGGCCCACAUGCAUGCACACACACACACACACUCAUGUUCUGUGGUGUCCACACCAGACCAGAAGACACAUCAUGGUGGAGACAGUGCCAUUGAUGAACAGCAGACCCAUCUGUCUAUGCAAGAAUGCCCUAUGACUAAGAGAGACAGGAAGAACUUCUCCCAUGAAGAGUUGUGUUAUCUGCUAUCAGGAGUCAAGAAGUUUGGUCCUUCCUGGAAUUCCAUUUUGUGGGCAUAUCCCUUCCAUCCUGGACGCAACAAUGUGGACCUGGCCAUGAAAUACAGACGCCUACAGAUAAGAGGUCGGGUGCAGGAUGUGACCUACCCACGAGAUCCUGGAGCAACACAUUCAUAACUGCCCUCCGUCAGAAACCUGCAGUCACGCACAAGGGAGACUUCAUCUAGUGUGCAACAUUGUACCCAUUGUAAAUGAUCCACAGUAUAAUACCUUGUAUAGUUGUUUGUUUAUUGUUUUAUUAACAGCAGUAAAGAGCCUGUAACAAACAUUUUGUUUAUUAGUAAAAUGAGGAAGCUUGGGGUUAUGUCAGGUCUGGCACAAAUAUAUUGCGUUCUGUGCUUAUCCUACCUUAUAAUACCUAUAGAGUAGAAUAGUUUUUUUUGCAAUGUGGGGAUUCCUGUCAUGACACAUUGCACAAUGUCUGUUGAGGCUGUUAGUUUAAAUAAAACAUGUUUGUUAGUAGAUAUUGUCAGAUCAUCA